CGACACCAACAGGUUGUGGAAACGACUGCAGUAGGGCAAAAAACAAAAUGCACACAGGUAAAAAUUAAGAUCCGAGUGAGUGAUCUUCUCAACUAAAGAUUGCAUCAAUAGAAUCUCUUCUGUCCGAGUUUAAAGGAUCUAUAAAUAGCUGACAUGGCCACUAUGAAUGCUGGGACCCCCCAGCCGGGGGAACCCACGGACGAGGCCCAGCUCCAGGCCAAACUGGAACGCUUGGCCAGUACGUACUUCGAGAAGUUCUCCACCCCCGUGUUCAGAAUGCAAGAGCUGAUCGGCUUCCACAAAAACCACUGGCUGCUCUCUGACGAUUUCAAGAUGGCGUACGAUCAACCGGUCGGCCUCAUUAAAGGUUUGAACCCGCUCAACUCCAACAGCUGUGUUCUGAUGGUGCCUGAGGACCCAGUCCUAGCAGAGAAUAAGCUUGGCCUGGACUACCGCGAGGUUCACCAGGUGAUUCGGGAGCUGACCUACGGGAUCUACGUCCUGAAUCAGACCCCCAGCAUCUCCCUGGAGGCACUGUAUGAUCAGGGCACCUGGUGUAACCUACCCCCGGGCUUCAACGACACUCACAUUGGUCAGCUGUUGAUCAGCGUUGACUACAUGAUGAAGUCCUUGUGGCAUGGAGCGUACUUUCCCAAAGAGAAGAGGACCAAAUUCAAUGACAAAUGGAGGGAGCACUUCCAAGUGUCCAAACAGAAUGGAAAACCAGAGAAAGAGAAGUCCUUCCUCUCCGAUUUCCUCAGUCAUGGCAUGGUAGAUAUGGGUAAAGAUCCUGAUUACUGUGAUGCGUACAACGACCUUCAGUUCGAUAACGAGGACGACCCAGACAUGAUAAAAGAGCGAAUUCACUUCAUGAAGCACAUAGAGGACAUCUGUAUGCAGAUGACGCUGUACCAGAAAAAAGUGAUGCAUGAAAAAGACAUUUACAUGAUGGAGGCCGAUAUGACCAUAUCCAGUAUCGUUCGACUGCUGGAUGAUCGGAUAAAUCACGACGACUACGAGCGCGUGAAUACGAGACUUCAAAUGCACGAAAACAUGCUGAGGGAAAACCUUAUGAAAAAGAUGGACAUCAGACGUCAGUUGUUCAUUCUGAAGUUUGUGAGUUUUCUGACGCCGUUUUUGAUUGGGAUGAGGAAGAGAAUGAAGAUUCCUGACACAACACGGUUUCUGCCAGAUCUCUCAGAGGACCAAUGUAAGACAGAAGAAGAGCUGCCACCAUUAAUGCUGGGAGACGACUUUAAGUGUAAAAACUUCUACCCCGACAAAAACAAAUACUUUCACCUGCACGGGGGAAUAAACAUCGACUUUGAGACAGACGAUCUAGAAGCGACACCUAAGGAAGUGACCAACAGAUAUUCGGAUAUCCUAGCAAUAGCUGAGCAAGGUUUUAUAAAAGCCAUUUCCAUGGAAACUAUCAAAGAGCAUUAUGAGGUGCCAAAAAUUACAGUGGAUGGAAAAGAGUACUACCUGAUCUUCCUGGAGUUUGAGACGUUCUUUAAUCCCCAGCAGCCCGCCUGGAUAAAGGCCUUCAACACAAAGCUGACCAUUGACCUAGAAAGAAAGUACCUCCCCCUACAGGACACGCCCAUGUGGGACAUCUUUGUCAAACAUUUUGGCAAGAAAAAGACUGGAAAGUUAAAGGCUCAGAUGACGGGACCGCGAGCGGCGGCCAUUAGAGGACUGGUCAUCAUCUUUGUCCAUAUGUGUCGCAAAACUCUGGGACAGCAGAUGUCACGGUUGACAAAGCAAGACGAACACGGUCUGUCGCUUUUGCAUCACGCUGCAAUGAACAAUCGGCCGCAGAUAAUUGUCAGUCUGCUGCGACAAACCGUGGAUAUCAAUUCUAGACGCAACAACAUCUUGUCCACAGUGUAUAGUGAGUUUCAACCAACCAACAGCGAGUCUGAUGAGUUGGAUGUGUUUAAAGCAGAGGAAAUUCAGGCUCGAAAGGAAGGACUGCCAUAUCUCCCAGUAAAGUCAGGACCAGGUCCGACUGGGCUCCAUAUCGCUGCCCGUUGUGGGGCCUUGGAUGCUGCGGCCUGUUUGUUGGCGUGUUGUGCAGGACAGACAUUGUACGAUCAGGACGGAUGGGCCCCGAUCCACCACGCUGCUUUCUUCGACCACGAGUCGAUCAUCAAAUUAAUGGCCAGGAGGAACAAUCCAGUCAUAGAGCUGCUGACUAGGAACGAUGUUCGGUCCACACCUCUGUUGCUAGCUGCGAGUUCUGGAGGACUCUCUGCCGUGAAAUGUUUGAUCAAACUCGGAGCGGACAUUUCCCGGCUGGACGGGGAAGGGAACGGAAUGGUCAAUCUCGCUGCCAUGAGAUUCCACACUAACGUCUUGGAGUAUCUCAUUGAGUGGGGCCACCAGAAAGCCCCUGUGUGGAAGAUUCUUGUUAAAAUGCUGACUGAUCCAGAAGUGGAAAAGAAGGACAGUGCUGUCAAAUGUCUGGAGGUCUUGUCUACGUCAAAACCGGAGCACUGGAAAUCCAUUCUGGAAGCAGGGGGUAUCCCAGCCUUGGUGACCUUGCUGAGUUCAGACAAUGAAGUCCUCCAAUCAGUGGCCGCCUCCGUCAUCGUCAACAUCUCGGAACAUGCGGAGGUUCGUCAUGCUCUGACGGCUGCCAAAGCUGCCCCAAUUCUGAUCCAGCUGCUCAACUCUCCAGACGAUAACAUUCAGUCUCGCGUGGCCAUAAUCCUGUCGGACAUUGCCAGUGUCCAAGGAAACCAGUCGCUUAUUGCGGACGAAGGCGGGAUUCCCCCGCUGAUUCAUCUUAUGGACUCUGAGCUGGAGGAAGUCCUGAUAAACACUGUCAAUGCCGUCCGUGUUCUCUGUGCAGGAAAUCCCCCCAAUCAGGACGCGGUGGCGGAAAACGGAGGAAUCGCAUUUCUUCGCGAGUUUCUGACAUUGGAUUCAGAGAAAUUAAAAGCGGCAACAGCAGCAUGUAUUGCGGCGAUCUCUUCAGGAAAUAAAAAGAACCAGGACGCUCUGUUAGAGGCGGGAGCUUUAGAGCCCUUGGUGGAUAUAAUUAAUGGAACAGCUAAUGAGACGGUGCGGGUGAAGUGUGCUAAUGCCAUCGAGGCGCUGGCCCAGGAUAACCUUGCCUGCCAACAGACCUUCCUCCGAAUUAAGGCCCCCACUGCUCUCAAAAAACUCCUCAAGAACUUUAAUGUAUCGGUGAAGGAACAUGGGGCCAAGGCACUCUGGGCUUUGGCGGGCAGCACCACUUCCCAGCAGAAGUACAUCGCCGAGAAAACCAGCAUCCCCGACAUCUGUAGCAUGCUACUGGAGGACACAGAGAAACUGCUGCAAGUCGGCUGCAUGAUGUCGAUAGCCUUGGGGAGAGAGAACAUCGAGAACCAGAUCAAACUAGCUCAGACAGAGGCUUUCAAUCAACUCGUCCGUCUGCUGCGGACUCACAAAGACUCGCCUCAAGUCAUACUCAUGGUCAUCCAGGUGCUUGGAAUUCUGUGUGUGGGGGUUGCAUAUUGUAACAACAAAGUAACACAGAGAAAAAUAGCAGAAGAAGGGGCUAUCCCGACCCUGGUGACCUACUUAAAUCAGCCUCCUUCAGAAGAGGUCCAGGUGGAAGUUGCCAUAGCGCUGGGGUGCAUUGUCCUUAGCAACACUCGUAACCAGGAACUACUUCAAGAAGAACCAGGAUUUAACUUUGACGUGCUACUGGAUUUGUUGAAGUCAAAGAGUGAAGCUAUCCGACUCCGAGCAGGCAUGGCCCUGACCAUCUUCGCGUUUAACAAUACUCCGCAACAGUACGCCAUCAGAGAGGCAGGCGGCAUAAAAUACUCUGUCUUCGAACCUUUCCUCAACUCCAGCAUAGAAUAUGAUGUCUGUUACGCUGCGUUUCAGAUUGUGGUGCUUGCGCGGGUGAUAGUCGAUCAGGACCAAGUGAUGUUGACGGCUCGCGGUGUCACGCUGCUCGUAGAGAAGCUCCACUCCACCGAGGACAAUGUGAUCGUACUCGCCGCGAGUCUCCUAUCGAGUCUCGCUCACACGCGGGCAGGAAUCCCUGAUGCCAUGGUAACCACAGGCGCCAUCGAUGUGUUAGUGGAAAAACUCUCCUCACGGAAUGACCAAGUUCGGAGUGCAUGUGCGGUUGCCCUUGGUUACUUGACUUUCAACAGGACUGCUGCGAGGAUUUUGUUCAGUGCUUGUCGAAACACUCCUGGAUUGUACAAAAAGCUCGACGAAAACAUUGGGAAAAAUGCCAAAAUUAGUCAGGAGUUUGUGCAGGAUUUCAAACGAGCAAAGAUUGUUGGAUUGCCGUCUCAAUGCCUUGAGAUUAAUGGUGGACCUCCAGUAAUUCCUCCCAGCAGAAACAGUAUGAGACCGAUGACUGGUACGACAAGUCGAGCUACCACCGCCCAAGCUACAAGCCGAGCGAAAUCAGCUCCGGGGAAGAGAUCGCCGCCGAGAUCAUCCCCUAACCCCAGCGUGGUUGUUGUAAGUACCCCUGACAACAGUCGCCCCUCAACGGCCUCACCCCUCAGGAUCCACCCCAGCUCUCUGUUCCGACCUGCCUCCUCCCCCCACACCAGAAAAGGGGCGCAGUCACCCCCAGAUGCAACCUUCAAAACGCGAUUAUCUUCGUGGAAGGAAGAAAUCUGAUGAAAAUGUUUCAGAGUUUUUUGUAUUAAAUGAAAUGUAAUUCAUUUCUGUGUGUUAAAUACCCCUAAAUUGAAUAAGUCUAUAAAAUUAUUAUUUUUUUAAAAUAAAAACACUGUCUCAGGAAUUAAAGUUAAUUGACUUUUAAUAGGACACUGUUUCCUAUUAUUACUAUACUUUAACGCUUAAUUUAUCUAGAGAUGUCUAGAAAUUUGUUUGCAGUCUUAAAUGAAGAAUUCAAUUUUCAUUUUGAAUUCAAGAACAAUUACUUAUGAAAAUUAUUGUAUAUGUUUAAAAUAUUGUAGAUGUAUGAUGUAAUAUAUACUAGUAGUGCAAUCAGUCAUGCAAUUCAUUAUUUUGCUCCCUUCAAUCAUUAUGACCCCUGACACAUGCAUUUCAUACUUCAUACAAAAUUUUGAUUGCAUAACUUUAAAGUUAUUUAGAUGAUGUCUGUUGUUAAUUCUUUACAGAUUCCUGUUUUUUCUGUAUUUUCAGAGUUUUAAUGUAGAAAAGAAAUUGAGUAAGCAAUCUACAAUGGCAUAAGGUUUCCAAGAAACAAUGAAAUAUAAUGUCUCAUAAUUUCAGUCAGUUAAAACACUGAUUUAGAGAAUGAUUUUAAAUGAAUGCUGUAUUGCAUUUAAGAAUCUUAGAAGAAUUCAUUCAGGACUAAAUGUGCUAAAUUUCACAAUAAGAAAACCAGAUGAUUAUUAAAUACAUGCGCAACUUAAAGCAAGUCCUGAUUCUAUGGUAAAAAGGAAAAACAAUGGGGGAACAUAAAAACAAACCAAGCUACAGAUUCAGUGUGUAUAUAGUUAUGUAAGAAAAUCCAUUUUAUGUUUCCUUGGGAAUUUUAUGCCACAUCUUGUAUCUUUUGUACGCAUCAUGUUUAAGCCAGACACCUUUUACUUAAGUCAAUUUUUUAAUGCAUGCACAAUUUUGAUUUUUUUUUUUGACACUUUUGUUCACAAAAAUAGAUUUAAAUUUUUUGUUCUCAAUCAAUUUGAUAUUCAAUUUUUGUAAUUAAACUAUCACAAACACAGUCACCUUGAAAGUUAAUGCAAAGUUUAAUUUACUUAUAUUUAAAAAGGACAUCCAAGUUACAACACAUAUUGUAAACCUGUUGCUACAAUUGACCCUCGCUAGCAGCUUUCUUCAGCUUAACACUGCAUUUGUUGCUAAACGUACUGUAUUUCCCGCAAAAAUGUAAUACAAAGCAUGCCUGUAUGUAAUUUCAGUGAUUCAAUAAAUUGAAGAAAUUAGACCAAAGUAAUAUGAUAUUAAACACUGUUUGUUAAAAUUGUUAUUAUGUAUUGAACCUCAUGUAUUUCUACAUGUUGUGCCGUGGGCUAUGAGUGAGUGAGUGUUAAAUGUUGCAGAGAUACAUCUUCAUAUCAGUGUACUUUGGAAUCAUUAGAAUUUGUGGUGGCUCAAUUUUAGUGGUAAUCGAGGGUAAACCCCACCCACCCCCACAUGUCUGAAAGAUCACAGUUUUCUUACUGAAACUGGCAACCGACGCAUCCACAAAAUUACAUCACCACAGAAUAUUGAAGUACCGGGCCCACAUUCCAUGGAAAUUAGCUCCCACAAAUUUAAAAAAUUUCACGUUUUUCAUAUUUAUACUUCGAUUUCUUAAUUGGAUUCAUACUAGUCUUGAUAUCGAAAGAAAUAAUUAUGCAUUUGGGCCAAUGAUCAAAGCGUUAAUAAUAUAAUUUCAUCUAACAAUCCACUAUCAAGUUUUUUUUUUUUUAAUGUUCAAAGUACAUCAUGUUUAAUAUACAAAGAAUGAAAUAGAUUUCAUACAGACCAAUGUAUUUGUAUUAUUUUGAUCUCUGUGUGUAUUCAUCAUAUAUCGUCCAACGUGUAUAAUAAUGCACAGCGAGCCCAUUUUGAUAUAAUAUCAGCCAUGGAAUAAUUGGAAACACAGAAUUUUAUCUUAUUUGCCUCAACUAUUUCUAAAACAAUGUUUAAUUUAAAGGCCAACAAAAUAUCAUGAAACAUGAUAUUAUAUGAUGAUCAUUAAUUGACGAUCAGACUUUAAACAUAAUUAUAUGUGCACAUUUUUUCAUAAUUAGCAUACAUAAUUGUUAAAUGAUUUAUUUUUUAAAGAAAAUUAUAUUUUGCAGGGUCAAAAUACUUUCUGCAUAGGUUUCAAGAGUAAUGAAUAUCAAUGUUUGCAUUCUUUUUGAAAGCUUUACUGUAUAGUAACCCAUUUACAUAUACAAUGCCAUGUAGAUACAUGUAUAUAAGAUUUUAAACUAGUCUGUAUGUAAUGUAUAUAUUAUUUGUGAUUAUAUUGAAUGCAUUACAUGUAAUUGUUUCAAGUACUGUAUGUUAUUUCAUUAAUAAGUCUAGUUUUUUCUACUGUGAUAAAGUGCUAUUCUUUUAAGAUACACUUAAUUUAUAUGCAUUGUUUUUAUUAUUGCACAGAUUUUUUUGUGAUUUUUAUUUAUUCUUUUAUGUCAGACAUAUUUUGAUGCCUUCGCUUAAUGCUUUGUUAUGAACCAUUUCAUAUGUACUGUAAUAAAAGAUUUAAAAAAGAAAGACAACUCUUCCUUUUUC